AUGGCAGAGAACUAUCAAAAGAAGGAGCUCUUAGCUCUGAUGAACACGGGCAAUAAUAAAUUAUGUGUUGACUGUAAUGCCCCUUCGCCUCAAUGGGCCAGUGUCAGCUAUGGUACAUUCAUCUGCUUGGAAUGCUCGGGUAUCCAUAGAGGUUUCGGUGUACACAUUUCUUUCGUUAGGAGUAUAACGAUGGAUAAAUGGUCUGAUGAUCAAUUAAAGAAGAUGAAGCUCGGAGGGAACGAAGCUUUCAAAUCUUUCAUUGAGAAUUACGGACCCGAAGGUGGAUAUACCAAAGGAUUGGGUAUGCAGGAGAAAUACAAUUCGUGGGCUGCCAGUCAAUAUCGUGAAAAGCUCGCAGCAGCCUGUGCCGAUCCACCUCAACCAUGGUCUCCUUCCUCUCCUCCACCCGCAUCCGCCGCACCUUCUCGUCCAUCCUCUGCUCAAGCUACUCGUAAAUCCCGUGCUGGCGGUGGCGGUGGUAUAGGUUCAUCCAGUCUCAACCCCAAUCCAACACUCGGAUCAACUCAAAAAGCAGAGAACGAAGCUUAUUUCGAGCGAAUGGGAAAUAACAAUGCCUCUCGACCCGAUCAUCUACCUCCUUCACAAGGUGGUCGAUACCAGGGUUUCGGUUCAUCUCCUGCUCCUGAUGCUUCAGCUCAACAUCCUUCGUAUGCCUUAUCGAGUCAUUCGGCACCUACAUUUGACGAACUGCGACGGAACCCGUUAGGAGCAUUGUCAAAAGGGCGGGGAUUGUUCAGUAGUGCCGUCUCUUCAGCUGCUCAGGAGAUAUAUCAGAGUGUAGUCAAACCAUCUAUGGCAAAAGCAUCUGAAUAUACCUCUGGUGAAAAUUCAGAAGAAUGGAAAAAGUAUUUAUCCCAAGCUUCCGCUCAGGCAACUCAAGCUUCCCAUUGGGCUACUGCUAGAGCAGGUGAAGGAUGGGAUCAAUUGAAUGAUGUGGCACGACAGAAAGGUGGUGUAGACCUCAAUGAACAAUUGGGUAAAUUAGGUUUAGGAGGUAGGACACCAGGUCAGAGGGGAUAUGGACAACUGGAGAGAUCUGGUGAUGCUGAAGAUGGAUUUAUAACGCCUCAUGGAGGUGAGGGAGCGGGUGAUGAUUUCUUUGAUAGUUGGAAUGAUCAUCCGACUUCUUCUUCUUCUGCGGCAACGAGUGCUCAAGGCAAAUCCACGGGUCAAGGUCAAAAGAAGAAAGAUGGUUGGGAAGAUGAUGAAUGGAAGGAUUUCUAG